GCAACCUAAUUCUCUUUUUUAUUUCCCUUCAAUCUAAUUUCUAUUCUACUUUCCUCCCUCACUUCUCUUCCAACGGACCCUGAUCUACGUCAUUAGUUCCAACCAAUAAGAAAAACGCCAUUACGCAGGCCACGUCAUAUACCUGGACUCUGGAUUUUCUUGAGGAAAGUGGAGGGGGUUAACAGGAUCGACAGGCUAACAGAGCUCGGUCUGAGCUUGGAACCAUGGCUGAAGAACCCCCAAAUCAUACCUCUAUCUCGGCGGAGCACUCUUCUUCUUCGUCUCCGUCUCCGUCUCCGUCUCAGAAAUCUUGUGAAGACUCCGCCAUGAAAGUUCAACAGAUUCCAUCAGGAUAUGGUUCUUCCUUGGAUGUUAGCACUAACCAUACGUACCCAACAGCGUACCAGCCACUCCCUUCUGGAUUUUACUGCCUACAACAAAACCAGGAGUUGAAUUUUGGUCCUGGGCUUUAUGCAGUUUCAGUUAAUCCUUUUAUGGAUCAUGUGACUGGAUUUCAUCCCCACAAACUAAUCCCUUUAACUUACACCGUACCCACUGAACGUAGUCCCAGUGAGAAUAGAUCUGGGAGUGAUGAGCAAGGUGAUGUGGGCCAACAACAACAGCAUCAACAACCCGAACUUCAUCACCAAUUAGUUGUGAGGAGAUUUCGAAUUGCAUUUCAGCGCGACCUUUUGCUAAUAUUGAAGUUGGCUGCAGUAAUUUUUUUGUUCAAUCAAGAUGGGUCCAAACAAAGACUUUUCGUGCUUGUGGUUUUUGCUUCACUCAUUUAUCUAUAUCAAACUGGAGCACUUGCACCAUUAAUAAGAUGGCUUUCACAAGGAAUGCGGAGGGGGGUUGCACCUCGUCAGCGGCCUAGACCAGCAGCUCGGGCUGAAGUUGCUGCACUUGCUGAGAGGCAGGGAAAUGAAAAUGGUGGUGCAGAAGUUGUAGGAGGAAAUGGAAGAGAAAAUGAGAACGAGGCACGAGGGAAUGAGGCAGGAGCUGAUCCAGGGGUUGCAGAGGAGGGCAACCGGUUUUGGCUAAUUGUGAAGGAGAUUCAAAUGAUUGUUUUUGGCUUCAUCACGUCCCUUCUUCCCGGCUUUCACAACAUAGAUUAGAUUUUUACGUAUAAUAAACGGCACGCCAUGUAGCCAUGUUCGAUCCGGAGGUUUUGUUGGCUCUAUAAAGUUUAUACUGCCUUAUUUGCCAAACAGUGAAAUGGUAAAAAACAAUUUGUGAUUGUAGUUAUAUCUAUCACUUUGUUAAGAAAAUGUAUACUCCAAUCGUCAUACUAUUUUUUGUCCUUUUUUACUUUCUCUGUCCCACUACUUCUGCUUCAUGCAGUACCGUAUAUAGACAUAUAUGUGAUGUUCACAAUCAUUUUUAUUUGAAAAAAUUUACAGCAAUACU